GGUCGAGGUGCUGCGUCUCGCGUCCGCUUGCGGGCCAGCCACGGACAAUGCCAUCGUUUCUGGGCCUCUCGCCGACAAAACACUCGAAAGGAGGCAUCGAGCCUGCACUUCAUAUGGCCAGGCGACUGCCCUUGGUCGCCCACGCAGCAUCUUCACUCCCCCUCCCUCGCGCGGCGUCGUUGUGUUGAGCGGACUGCUGUGCCUUGUUCGCAGGCACACGACGUAAUCGCCCGUACGCCCCCUCGCAACUCUUCGUUUCUGCCGCCGGACGACAGAAAGCGGAGGCGCCACGAGAUCUGCCGAGAAUCCUUUUCCUUCCCAAAGGCACAGCAGAUCCCCCCGCCAGAAGGGCCCCGAUCCAAUUAUUUUUAGCCGCUAUGCCCGUUACCACCGACAACGCCGUUGGAGCAGACCCGCGGACGAACAGCCCAAUCACCCGGGCGCAGGAUGAUUCACCAGCCCCGGAACUCAGCGCGAACAAUGAUUUAAUGACCGCUCGACAAGUCCCUCUCACCGACCCGGCUGCUCAACACGUCAACGGACGCCCUGCUGCAGACAAGCAUCGCGAUGGCGCACAGGGAGACGGAAUAUUAGCUGCGCCGGCAUCCCUCUCCACAGUUUCCGGCAACCACCCUCUCCACACGCAAGCAGCAGAUUCUGAAGCCGCGCCCACUGUCUGUACGUCUCCACCAAAGAUUCCGGGGCGCACGGCUUCGAAGCCCCCCCCUCUCAACAUCGAGCGCAAGCUUUCGCACCGCAAGAACGCUCAGUCGAUCGACUCGAUCCCUCGCCAGACAAUCAUGAAGGCUCUCGUGAGCAGACCCCCGCCCAACUCGGCGCUCUCUGUUUCUUCGACGAUCCAGUCCCUCAUGGCCAGCAAUGGCAGCAACAUUAACAUCGUCAAACCGGAGGGUGAAGGUGGGGCAAGCACGCGAUCGCGCCGCCUUUCUCAGGCCUUUGCAGACCUGCAUCUGGAUGCCAGCAGUCCGACCAUGGCGAACAGACUCGCUGCACUUCAGUCGCCGUGCUUCUUCCACAGGCGUUUUGACGACGCCGUCGACAUCGAGAAGGUCCUGUUUGAGUUACAGGAGGAUGCGUCCAUGUCGCACAGCAAACUCAUGCAGACGGCGACCGGCGUGCGCGAGGUAUCGAGGCAGCUCCAGCGCAGGCCGAUCAAACGUGCCGUCAAAAACGUCAUGAUUGUCACCAAGGCGCGGGACAACGAGCUCGUCGUCCUUACUCGGGAGCUUGCCGAGUGGCUGCUAGAGACCCCUAGAAAUGGUAAUGACAUUGGCGUCAACGUUUACGUCGAUGCCAAGCUUAGGCGAUCGCAGCGGUUCGACGCUGCAGGUCUCGUUGCGAAGAACCCUCGGUUUGAAAAAAUGCUCAGGUACUGGACCCCGGACCUGUGCUGGUCCACGCCAGAGAAGUUCGACCUCGUCCUCACCUUGGGCGGCGACGGCACCGUACUCUACACCAGCUGGCUGUUCCAGCGUAUCGUGCCGCCCAUUCUGUCCUUUUCCCUCGGAUCGCUGGGUUUCCUGACCAACUUUGAAUACAGCAAAUUCAAAGAGUCGCUCAACGCCAUCAUGGGCGACGAAGGCAUGCGGGUGAACAUGCGAAUGCGAUUCACCUGCACAGUCUAUCGCGCUCCAGCACCCGGCACCACCGAGUUCAUUGAAGCUGAGCAGUUCGAAGUGCUGAACGAGCUUGUCAUCGAUCGUGGGCCGUCGCCCUACGUGUCAAACCUGGAGUUGUACGGCGACGGGGAGCUUCUCACCGUUGUUCAAGCAGAUGGCUGCAUUUUCUCUACCCCAACAGGCAGCACUGCCUACUCCCUUUCGGCUGGUGGUUCUCUCGUCCACCCGGACAUUCCCGCCAUCCUUCUCACACCCAUCUGCCCGCACACCCUUUCCUUCCGGCCGAUGCUUCUCAACGACUCAAUGGCCCUUCGUGUCGCGGUGCCAAAGGGAAGCCGUGCAACCGCGUACUGCGCGUUUGACGGCAAGGGUCGCAUCGAGCUCAGGCAGGGCGACUAUGUCACCAUUGCUGCGUCACAGUAUCCCUUUCCGACGGUGCUCUCGCGGCCGACGGAGUGGUUUGAUUCCAUUUCACGAACGCUCAGGUGGAACACCAGGGGCGCAAUGCAAAAGGCGUGGCAAGAGGGCUCUCCUGAAGGCAACGCCAUGGAGAAGAAGGAAGAUGAAGUGUUUGAUAUAGAUUUCGGUGACGAUGACCACGAUUCAGGGUACAGUGCUGAAGGCUCCUCGGCUGGCGUGGGAGGCGGCAGCCCGAAGAGAAAGUUCAGCCUUUUCUGAACUCGAGGAUCCUAACCGAGUUGGUGAGCGUUCUGCAAUAUUUUCCUUUGUCUUAUGAUAGAGAUUAGUGGACGACGCGACGACGCGAGAGAUGUUGGGAGCUUGAAUCGUUUUAAGGCGACUUGAUCACUGGGCUGGCUCCCAUCACAAACACGUUCUCGCUCUUCGCGUACAGUUGGAUACAUGGAAAGACAAUACAACGGAUACCCAAGAAGUAUACUUAGAGACGAAUCUAGAAGAAGUGCGCACGGCGCUAUCACGAGAUUCCAGGAGUGCGUCG